AUGUCUUUCAGAUUAAGUGCAGUCGACAGCGACACAUCCUACAUCAUCACGCCCCCGUCCCUAUCAGCCUGGCAACGGUUUCGAGAGCAACCUUGUCUCUUCCUCGCUCGCAAGCUCUAUUCGUGGCGCCCAAUCAAUGCACCCCCACCCCCUGCACACCCCGUCUCCAUUGUUUGCAUCGCGAACACCUAUAGAGAGCGACCAGAGAUACCGUAUGGCGACAUUCUGAUUCACGCUGGCGAUCUGACAACAGAAGGAUCCCUCGCUGAGCUCGAAAUUACGUUGAGCUGGCUGCACGCCCAGCCACAUCCCCUCAAGAUCGUGAUUGCAGGUAGGUCUGACUGGUAUCUUGAUCACCUAAAGAUAGGCGGUCGUCGCUGGAGACUUGGAGACCGCCCGAUGGUACAAUGGGGUGACAUCAUCUAUCUGGAGCACCAGCAGAUCACAGUGAAUUGUGCAGAUGGGCGACAAAUCCAUAUCUUUGGAAGUCCAUAUUCACCCUUGACCACGCCAUCCUUGGCUUUCCAAUAUCCUCGCACUGCAGACAUCUGGGAAUAUGUUCCCGGUGAUAUUGAUGUCUUCGUCACUCAUACUCCAUCAUACACCCAUCUCGACUCUCUCAGAGGCUGCCAACACCUCUUGGAUCGAAUUUGGAAAUAUCCUCCUCGACUGCAUAUUUUCGGGUGUUCUCUUGAGAAUUAUGGCACUGAAUGGUUGCACUUUGAUGCUCUUCAAAAGGCUAUGGAACGCAUUGAGGCUGUGGGUGGAGGUUGCUUCAAUCUUUUGAUGGUCGCCAAAGGUCUGUUGCAGGCCUUUUGGCACCCUGGAAUUAAGGCUAAGACCCAGCUUGUGAAUGCAUGCAGCCAUGGAGAACUGGGAAGUCUCGAACAUCGCAAGCCGAUCAAGAUUUACGUUUGA